CAAUAGAAUGGUGUCGUGUACGGUGGUGCUGCUUCUCCUAUCGCUCUCCUCCAUCGCGAAUGGCUUCACUUUGCUACCCCUGGACAUGGGUCUCGACGGUGACGGGUUGCCCUUUAUGACCAGAGAACGGACGGAGUUUGACGACUGUCACCUGCGCUACGCACGGUACGGUAGAACGGAAGUUAACGUUCAGGAUCCGACGGUGCCUUACAACGAAACCCGAGAACUUCAACAUGUGGUGGCGAUAGGUUGGACGCGACGACCCGGAACUAUCGAGUGGCCCUGUAUGGGUGUGCUGAUAUGGGAAAACCUGGUGCUCAGCACGGCACACUGUAGCAUUGAUGACGCAGGAACCGCUCCGGAUGUGGUCCGGAUGGGCGGUGGCGACUACUUUCCCGACUCGAGCAUUCCGGAGCGUGAGCAGCGACGUCUCCAGCAGCGAGCUAUCGUGGCCAUCACGAGGCAUCCCGAUUACCGGGCCGGAGAGAACGAUAUUGCGCUGCUGAAGCUAGACAAACCUAUCAGUGUGAACCCGACGGCAGGUCCCGCCUGUAUGUGGUUGUACGACGCGGUGCCCUUUCCGUUGCUCGAAACCGUCGGAUGGAAGAGGCAAACGCCUCGUCGAACCGGACGAGUCAGCAAAAUUGUUUCCACCGAAGAGUUCGAGCAAGCACCGAACGGCGGGUGCGGAGCUGGUGCUGCUGCUGCCACCAGCCAACAGUUUUGUGUGGCACGAGCCAACCCGGAUUCGAGCCAGUGUCUCGAUUCUCGUGGAGGUGUGCUGCAGAUGAGGCUUCUUCACAACUACAGAACGACUCCGUUCGUGUUGGGUCUGCAGGUGGCCGACGAUGCGUCAUGCACAACACCGACACGGGCGUACACGAAGCUUGCCUCGUUCCGGGACUGGAUUUUGGCUGAGGUACAGAAGCUCAGCAGUACGGUCAAUGCCGGCGCACUGCACCCGGCCGCUUGUGCGCUCCACUACGUCCACUUUCGGCCCCGCGUCGAGGAUCUGCUCCAGGAGCGCGAGGGAGAAAUGCCUUGGCUAGGCGCGCAGGUUAGUGCGGUGGAGGAUAGUACGCUGAAAUACAUCGUCCAGAUAGUGUGGCCUCCGAACGUACAGGGCGGCGCACGUAACGAUUGCGUCGGAACGUUCGUCGACCAGCAGACGGUUCUUACGCUGGCGGAGUGUGUCGGCGGCACUACACCCGGUGGUGUAAAACCCACCUCGGUAAGGACCAAGCACCAGUACCGAAGUAUGUCGUACAACAUUGCCAGCAUAGUGGUACAUCCGGAGUACGGGCCGGCCACGCCCAGUGCCAACUUGGCCGUGAUAAAAUUAGCGCGCCGGGCGGAAGUGAUUCCGGCGUGCAUUUGGCUCGCGCAACCCGACGUAGCUCCCGACCGGGUUGACCUGGCCGGGGUAGGCAGAAACCAGCUGCACACCUACUCCGAUCGAACCGACGGUGAUAUUUCAGAACCGGCUGCGACGUUCAUACUUCCUGCCGUCGAGCGGCGUCCCUGGGCGGAAUGUUCGGCCCGUGUCAACCGAAGUCUGGCCGGUUUGAGCGGGGAUGACAGUCUGUGCUUCGAGGAGGAGCACUGGAUGGUGCCGGAAGCGUGCCAGACGCUGAGAGGAGGACCCGUGCAGCGGUACGUGGGCCGCGAUGGGGCCUUCUACAAGUACGUUUUCGGGCUCAAUCUUUUCGGUGGCACGUGUGGCUACGGGAUGCCGGCCGUGGCCAUAGCCCUCGCACCGCACGCGACCUGGCUGCGGUCGGUUAUGAUGACGCAGCGGAAGCCGGCCGUCACGUCCCAGCCCGUUCUGUUCAUCAAUCCCGAUCUGCGGCCGAGCGAUGAGUGCCGGAACGGGGAUGGAUCGGAUGGGGUUUGCGUACCGCACGAGCGGUGUCUGGUGGCCACAGAGCUACUGAGUGGCGUCGGUGCGGUAACGUUCUGCACGAACGGAUCCAUCAUCUGCUGCCCGUGGGGUGACAUAACCCGCGGGGCGAGCGCCAAUCCGGGGCGCGAGCAGCUCGAUGGGUGCGAGGACCGGUAUCAGGCCAUUCGAAAGCAGCGCUGGAUCGGAUGGAACAACAACGAGACCCAGUACGACAAUAUGGCCUCCUUGGCUGAAAUAGGGUGGCCGUUGAACGGAGGGAAACUGUCGUUCCCGUGCAGCGGGUUCCUGAUCACACCGCAGACCAUCGUCACGACGGCCCGGUGUGCGGAGACGUACAGCUGGAAGCCGACCGUGGCGCGGAUCGGUGCGCUCGGGGCGAGCGAUGCCACCAACUACCUGGUGCAACCGAUUCGCCGCGUGACGGUACACGACGACUACGACGAGUCGAGCGGCCUGCACAACCUGGCCCUCAUCACCCUGGCCACGGCCAUCACGCCCUCGGCCCACGUGUUCCCCGCGUGCCUCUGGAGCAACCGGACGCACGCACCCCUGCGACCGAGCGCUAUCCAUUUGCAGGAGUAUGAACCGAACGUGGUCUUCGUGGAGGUAUUCCCUUUGUACGACCGGGAUUGUGAGGAGCGCCUCAAUACAACGCUUGCGGACGGUCAGCUCUGUCUGCUGAGGGGCAGCCCGGAAACGAAGUACAUCAGCGUUGUAAAGUGCCUCCAAACGGGGGCCAACAUUGUGUGGGACAAGCGGGACGGGCCACCGGAAGUGGAGGUUCCCCAGUACCUGGUGGGCAUCUUUAGCCACGGCGGGUGCGCCUCGAACGAAGACAUACUCAUCGCUACGCGGAUCUCGCACUACUACGAUUGGAUAGCGAGCCGGUUGAAGUAGACGGACCUCCAGCGCCAUGGUCGGACUUUUGGAAAACAAAUUUGAAAUAAACAUGGGCGCCGCUCGUUCUGGAUUUAACGAUCCUC